AUGGCAUCGUUGUUUCCGCCAUCGGGCCCCACACUUCCUCCGUUCCGUACGCUACUCAUACAGGGCCCUUACCAUCCUACGGCACCUAUUCAUCUUGUGCUCUCGCACACUACCGAGAAUCCUUCAGCCAAGGCAAUUUUACUGUCAACGUCCAAGAAGAAGCUUUUUUCAUCAUUGAAAGAGUCACUCGAUGACUGGCUAGCUACUCACGGCUCCGAUGGUCGCGUCUGCAACUCUGCCUCGCGAGUCAACAUCCACUAUCCGCGUAGCCCUGCGCACCUCGCUCUUCUCCUGUCAAUGUUACACACGUACAAUGGGGCAUUCUACCAUCCUAAGACCACAAUUGACAGCGCCACUUCCCUUCUUGUUCUCCAUGAACUCUCUGCAUAUUUCUUGUUGAACAACUCUGAGGCCACCGUGUCAUCGUACCUCUCUUUAGUUUCGCAUGCUCUAGCAGCGGCUACGACUUUAUCAUCGGACUCUUCUGACGUCGUGCUGGCCCUUUUCGACUCUGGCUUGGAACAAUUGAAGCUGCCGAUCAUCCGUCCUGUAUCCCAUGAUGCAAGCGACGGCAAUCCGCCUCCGAUACGGAGCGAGCUUGUGGCUGGUUUCGUCCAAAGGUACUUCCAGUGGGUAGGUGUAGUUGAAGUGGACAUCGAGGUGGCCCACCCAGCUGUUUCGGGGCGGAUGGUAAUGAUUACUUUACGCGGGGGCUCGGAAGACGAGAUCACAUGGAAGUGGUCCGAAAGUGGCGAUGCAGGCGGGGUGACCUUUUCUUGGCAGUAA